GGAACUUUACUACGUUCAGCCACCGGUGCGCCACAGCCAUAGUUCAAGACUCGAGAAAGCUCCCGCGGGCUGGCUCCAGAUAUCUCUCGUAGAACAGGGCCCAGCAGGAACCUUCCCCGAGAGAGUGACUUCUUCAUCCGAUCAUUCAGUUACACUCCCACCCAAGCGUCUUCUCGUCAUGCCCAUCCUAUAUCUUGUGAAGGAAGGCCUGAGCCCCAGUCGACUCUUCAAGAGCCAUUGGGCCCUCCUCGUCGCGAGCGGCAGUUUCGCCGAGCCUGGAGAUGCUGCGGGGACUUACAUACACGUCCACGGCUCUGUUGCCUCAGGCUUUGAGUUCGAGGUCAAGAGGAACUGGACACAGAACAUAACCGCGACGCCACACCGAUUCUUCGUCCUGGGCGAGGUCAUCGCUGCAUCUUUGCAGUCUGAUUCAGCUGCACGAGAUAGCGAAUACGUCCAGGACCCCGAGGCGAAGACUGAUUUUGAGCGGACGCUCCUUCAGACGCCACCUCCGGGCCCCUCGCUUAGGAGCGCCAACGCACCGAGUGGUGGGAAUAGUCGGGUCGAGCUACGUGACUGUCAGGAUUGGAUCAAGGCGGCCCUGAAGAACGCCGUUACUGCGAGAUAUGUUGUCUUGAACGACGAGGCGGAAAGCAUCUUGAGCGUGAAUGCUCAGUAAUCGCUCCCUUCAAAUUUCAAUAAGGUUCUCGCAUGUCGAGAUGGCAAGUGUCUGCCCUUGAACUUCUACAGUGUAUGCGAUGUUUUCUUGUUUAUACGAUAUACGAGUCAGCAGAUGUGGCAGUGAAAAGGAUUGUGGCGCGGUGGGAUAGUCUCGGUGCUAUGCGUUUGUGUAUACUAUGUGAUCGUCUUCUUUGCACCACACAAGCGUCCCAGUAAAUCGAC